CCGUCGCUAAAUAAGUAUUAGGGGCUUCUCGUCGUGUAGAGGCUCGUUGGCCUGGGGUGCGAAUUGUGCGGGCAAGGUAGAGAGCGUUUGGCUGGUGGGUGAACUGUCAGAAUGCGUGUCGUUGCCCCACGCAUCCCAAAAUACCAGGAUCAGAAAUACGGAGUAGGUAUACAGUAGGUACGGCAUAGGUACGUCUGCUACGGAGUAGACUUGCUAUACGAACAACUAUACCUACAAUAUAGGAGAGAUCCACAUUUUUGUGACGCGACAACGUGAUACUGACAUGUUCUAAAGAAUUACGGUGGCUCAGAGUCGUUUAUCUCUCUUCCUUUCUUCGCUGAAGUUUUUAAAAGCUACCUUGCUAGUCCCCCGCCUCGCUCGCGUCGUGAUGCUGCUUUUGGAGUUAAUUUAUCGCGCGAGAUUAGACACGCUCGACUGUCAUUCCCACAGGAAGAGCUCUGCAGAGCGUAUAUGAUCGGCGCCCUAACCUCUCUCGGGGAACCCUACUGAACUUAAUUAAAGCGGCAUUUCGUCUCAGGAGAAACGGACGCGUCGGCGACGACCUGUGAAUGUCUCCAGCGCGACUUUCCAUUUCUUAGCAUCAGAGGAAGAGCUGACUUUUGAGUCGACUAAAAAAUUAGAGGAAGCGCGACUUACCAUUACCAUUUAUAAUUUCCCAUUCUGUGCAAUAUUUCCCAUUUUUGAGGUGCCUAAAAAAUAUUUCCCAUUUUUUAGGUGCCUCAAAAAUAUUUCCCACCCCAUGACUGGAGCGCGAGUAGUCUUCGGAGCACCCGUUUCUCCCAGGCAACCCGUUACGGAUCGCCGCGGUUUUGUUGGUAGCCAGAGCGUUCCUGUAGAGGGAUGCUCGGAGUUCAUGAUGUCGCAGAGGUUCGGCGACGCACCGUUCGGUAGCGAGUCAGCAUUCGACUUUGAGCAGCAGCAGCAGCAGCAGGAGCAGCAGCAGGAGCAGCGGCAGGAGCAGCGGCAGGAGCAGCGGCAGCAACAUAACACUACUCAUCAUCGGCAGCAGCAACUUCAGCAGCAACUUCAGCGCGGUUCUAUGAGCAUGGACCUCUCCCCUUCCGCGUACCACCAGCAGCAGCAGCAUCAUCAUCAGCAGCAGCAGCCGCAUCAGCAGCAGCAGCAGCAGCAGCCUGAGCAGUGCCCCUCUCCAUGGUCUGUUCUUCAAGUCGAUUCGUCUCUUGAACCGCGGGUAUCGUCACCCCCCAUUCCCCCUCUCUCCCCUUCCGCGGCUCCCUCUACGCCCCGACCCCCCCAUCGUUCCCCCCGCUCCCCUCCCCCGCGGUCUCCGCCCCCGCGCUCUCCUCAGGCGCGCUUCCGUGGAGUGGCGCUUUCAUCUCCCCGCCCGCGCUCCCCCCUCGCGCAACCCCUGGGGGAAGGUCGCCCCCGCCAGGAAUCCGCCUCUCCCAGAGGGGAAACCCCCCCAAGGCGGCUGCGCGGGCAUAGGCGCUUCAGCGCGAGCGUGGGGGGCGUGCACGAGUUAGGGCUGGGGAAACGAGGCUUGGUGUCAAGCUCGGUGUCAGGCUCGGCGGCAGGCUCGGUGGCAGGCUCGGUGGCGGGCUCGGUGGCGCGUUUGGCGUCAGGCUUGGCACUGGCAGAACUGGAGCGGACAGACUCGGGCGAGGCGGUUUUGGCCGAACCUGUAGACGUGGUUUGGACCACAGGUCUGGGCGUUGGUGCGUCUCUCCAAGGAUCCUGGCCGUCGAUUCCUGACAGCAGUGGUACAAGCAGCGAAAACCACAGCACUACAGCCAGCAUUGUUGAAAUCAGCAGUGGGUGUACCAGCAGCAGCAGCAGCAGCAGCGGAAUACGCAGCGAAAGCAGAGGCAUUGGCGGCAGCUCCCGUUGCCACAGCAGCAGCAGCCGUGGUGGCAGCAGCAGCGGCAGUGGUAAUGAUCGUAGCAGCAGCGGGGGUGACCGCUGCAGCAGCAGCAGCAGAGAGUCUGGGGUAGGAGUGGGACCCAGUUUAUUAGGCUCCAAGGCCAGAAGCCUCACUGAGAGGGGGCCAGGCGCGCACAGGCGCAGCCACAGCACCAUGGGGGGAUUGUGGGGCAGCAGCAGCAGCUGCGGUGGUGCCAGUAGCCGCAGCUGCGGUGGUGCCAGCAGCAGCAGUGGCAGCGGUGGUGCCAGCGGCAGCAGUGGCAGCGGUGGUGCCGACGUUGACAGCAGCAGCAGCAGAGAGUCUGGGGUAGGAGUGGGACCCAGUUUAUUAGGCUCCAAGGCAAGAAGCUUCACUGAGAGGGGACCAGGCGCGCACAGGCGCAGCCACAGCACCAUGGGGGGGUUGUUGGGAGAGGGGGGGAGGACAUGGGGAGAAAUGGAGGGGGAAACCGGGGGAGGAGGGGGAGAGGGAGGAGGAGGACCUAGGGAGGAUGGGGAUAGAAACGCUGGAGGUGCCACUGCCAGCGUUGGGGGCAUAUGUGGCUAUAACGGGGAUGCUGUUUCUGUUGGGAGUUUAGGACUUAGUCCUCGCGUCCUGCGUGUGAGUAGCCCCAGGUUUAAGAGCCCAAUAAGUGUCGGUGGGGGUUGCAAUGGGGAGAGUAGGGCGAGCGUCAGUCCAAGAGGGGGGGUGUUGAGGGCGAAAGAGAGGGAGAGGGAUAGGUACUUUGGGUUGGAUAGGGGGGCAUUUAGAGAGCAGAGGAACGGGGUACACAUACCCAGGGAGAGGCAGGAUAAGAAGGGGGAGAAGGAGCAGAAGGAGCAGAAGGAGGGAGAGGAAGAGAUUUGUGGUCGUGGUGAUGCUGGUGGUGGUGGUGGUGGCAGCAGCAACGUCAGCAGCGCUAGUGGCAGUGGCAGUGGCAGCAGCAGCGGCGGAAGGAAGAGGGCGAUAGCAGUGUACGGGCAUCAGCGGCGGCACACCAUGUGCGAAAUCAGCGCCUCUUUCUUUGAAGAAACUCUUCCCAUCCGCAGGGGCGCUCAGCUGGGUCUUGAGACUGCUUUUGAGUCUCAAGGCCUAGCUAUCUCUCAAAAACAGGCUCUUCCCAGCCGCAUGGGCGCUGAGCUGGCUCUUGACACGUCUCAGGUUCCGAGUUGCAGGAGAGCCGAGUUGAGGCUAGAGGCGUCUCAGGUUCCGAGUUGCAGGAGAGCUGAGUUGAGGCUAGAGGUGUCACAGAAUAUGAGCCGCAGGAGCGCCGAGCUGGAAGGGGAUGGGAAGAGCCGUGCUCUCAUCAACGCUGUUUGUAGUGGAUUGGGUAAAGGGGAUGUUGCGGAGGAUUGGGCCAAGGGAGAGGGUGCAAGUAGUAGUUUUGCAGGCAGCGGUGGUGGUGGUGGCGGUGGUGGUGGUGGGGGUGAUGAUGGUGGUGGUUGUAGUGCCACUGGUAGUCGGUAUGUCGGUCGCAGCAGCAACUUUAGCGGCAGCAGUGGUGGCGGUGGUAGCGAUGGGGGUGAUGGUGGUGCUUGUGGUGUUGGUGUUACGGAUGGCAGGAAUGAUGAUCGUGGCAGUGGUAACAGUAGCAGCAGUGUUACAGGCCGCAGUAAAUGUGGCAGCAGCAUUGCAAGUGGCAGCAGCAUUGUGAGUGGCAGCAGUGGCAGUGGCAGUGGCAGUGGAAGGAAGAGGGCGAUAGCAGUGUACGGGCAUCAGCGGCGGCACACCGUGUUCGAAAUCAGCGCAUCCUUGUUUGACGACUCCUCGCCACGGAAGGAUUGCCAUGAGGAGUUGAGAGUUGGAGCAGCAGAAGGUGUAGGGACUUCGGUGCUUGGAUCAGGGUCUGCUAUUGAGUCGACGCAAAAGCAUGAAAAAAUGGGUGGGGCAGCAGAAGGUGUAGGGGCUUCGGUGCUCGGAUCAGCGCUAGUGACUGCAGUAGGCAGGGAAUCACGCAGAACGUCUACUACCACUUCCACCGCUGGAGUGAAAGCAGCAGGGGCAGAACCAGCAGCAGCAGCAGCAGCUGCUGCUUCAUCAGAACUAAUAGCACCACCACCGGUGGCACCAGCAUUGCCAGUACCACCAGCAGCAGGAUCAGCUUCUUCGGUGUUAGCUGUGCCAACGCACUACCCUCUCCGCUCCUCCUUCCAACAAACCAUCGUGGUUCCCCUUAACGGAGAAAGAGAAAUUUCGAUGGCAGCAGGAGAGGAAAAGCAGCAUGGGCCAGAAGCACCACUUACAGCACCACCAGUGGCACCACCAUUGCCAGUACCAGCAGCAGCAGUAUCAGGGGGUUCGCCUCGGUCUCCCUGCUCGAGCGGUUUCGCGCGUCGCUUCAGCUACCCCCUCCGCUCCUCCUUCCAACAAACCCUCGCUGUGCGGCUGAACGGAGAAGGAGAGAUUCAGCACGCAGCAGAAGCAGCAGCAGCAGCAGCAGCAGAAGAAGUGGGAAAGCAGAUCGGGCCAGAAGCAGCAGAGGACGGCGCAACACGCAGGCACCGAUGGGCGUCAGGGGGAGGUCGAGGGACGGAAGGAGGCGGACCAGGAAGAGGAUGUGACGAAGUGGAGGGGAGUGCGGACAAAUGGGCAGGAGGAGGAGGGGUGGGGAGGAGUGGGAGCAGGCGGGAGGACUCACGUCUGUGCAGCAACAUCAGUGCGAGCACCAGCAGCAGCAGCAGCAGCAGCAGCAGCAGCAGCAGCAGCAGCAGCAGCAGCAGCAGCAGCAGCAGCAGCAGCAGCAGCAGCAGCAGCAGCAGCAGCAGCAGCAGCAGCAGCAGCAGCAGCAGCAGCAGCAGCACCAGCACCAGCACCAGCAGCAGCAGCAGCAGCAGCAGCAGCAGCAGCAGCAGCAGCAGCAGCAGCAGCAGCAGCAGCAGCAGCAGCGGCAGUGGCAGCAGUGGCAACGACAGCAGUGGCAACGGCAGCAGCGGCAGCGGCAGCAGUGGCAACGACAGCAGUGGCAACGGCAGCAGCGGCAGCAGUGGCAGCGGCAGCGGCAGCGGCAGCGGCAGCGGCAGCAGUGGCAGCGGCAGUGGUAGCGGCAGCAGUGGCAGCGGCAGUGGCAGUGGCAGCAGUGGCAGCAGCAGCGGCAGCGGUGGCAGCAGCAGGAUUAUGAGUGUCCGAUAUCGUCAGCGUGUGAGGGCGGAUUCUGAUCCGUGCCUCAACACCUGGCACGUUCCAGAGGGGCCCUCAUGUCCCCUUAACGUUCCCCUUACCAGUGGAGCGGGUACAGCGGCAACAGACGGCUUAGUAAGCCGUUUUGGGGGUACAUUCGCCGUGCCGCGGGCAGAGGAAAGGUCAGGGAAGAGGAAGGUAAGGGGUCGUACCGAUGGGGAAAGGGGGGGGAGGUCAGGAUGUUGGGUUGACGGGGACACGCACUGUUUGCCACGUGAGAUGAGUCUUUCUUCUCUUCCUGAUACCACUACCACAACCACUGCUGCUGCUGCUGCUGCUGCUGCUGCUGCUUCUGUUGGUGCUGCUGUUGGUGCUGCUGGUGCUGCUGAUCACGGUGUUGCUUGUGCUGAUGAAGUUCAUAGCGAGGAUAGCAGUGACAGUGAUGGUAGCGAUGACAGUGUCGUUCUAGCGGCCACUGUACCAAUGGGUGAGGUCGGCCCAAGUUUGGAUCUGCUUCUGGUGAAGCAGCAGCAGCAGCAGCAGCAGGAGUUGGAGAAGGAAGAGGAAGAGGAGAAGCAAAUGCAGCAACGGACAGCAGCACGCCAUUCCACGUCACCUCACAAGCCUUACAGACCACAUCCCUCCUGCAGCCCCCGUCUCUCCCCAUCCUCCAGCCCCCCUUUCCAUUCCUCCUCCUCCCCUCGGCCCCCACUUUCCUCCAGUCCUCCCCUCCAUUCUUCCUCCUCCCCUCGCCCUCCAUUCUCCCCCACUCCUGCCUCUCCUUCCCGCCUUACCCCUCGCCCUCCCCCAGCCUCCAGCCCUCCCCUCCCCCGUCCGCGCCGCGCCCAGCGCUCGUCGUCAGCCAAUGAGGGACGCCCCUCCAGCCGGGAGAUCUUUGCCUCGUCACAUGAAGUCUUUGCGUCGGCGAGCCAGCUUGCCUCGCCUCGCUCCUCGCCUCUCUUUUCUCCCCGCCGUGCCCAGCGCUCAUCAUCAGCCAACGAGGGGCGCUCAUCCGGCCGUGAAAUCAUGGCCGCUUCGCACGAGCUCUUUGCAUCGGCCAAUCAAAUCUGCUCAACGGGAAAUGCGGUGUCCACUCUCGUCUCGCCUCACCGCACACCCGCAGUGUUUGACUCCCGCUCCCGGCACUUUGAUCGCUCCUUAAGUGCCAGCACUCAGUCCUCCUCAUGGUGCUCCUUAAACCACACUCGCAGCAGCCAUGCACCCUCGAGGAUUGAUCCAGCAGAAGCACCGGCUUCUCUCUCUUCCUCCUCUUCUGCUGCUGGUGGUCCCACCGCUGCCAUUCCUGGUGCCAUCCCUAUUGCGAUCCCGAUUGCAAUGCCUGUUGGGAUGCGUGCCACGAUGGCUGUUGCUGGUAUCAGCCCUGGCGUUUCCCGUCCGCAUGAGUCGAUUCCUCUCGCCUCCCUUCCAGCCGCCCUCCCUUAUUCCACCUCAACCAUCCCCGUCGUUGCUCCCCUCUCCAUCCCCGCAAGCCCUGGGGGAAAGGGCAGAGGCAGCCGAUGGGGCGGCAGCAGCAGCAGCAGCAGCAUCCCCAUCGCCAUCACAAGUGCAGCAACAACCGAGAGUCCUCUCCUAGAAGGCUCCUCGUCCUCUGGUUUAAGACGUGGUUUAAGACGUGUGCCCUCUGCGUCCAAUCUCCGGCUCCCUCCCUCUCCUGCCGCUCCCUGUCUCAAACCCCCUCCAUCCCCCUCAGCUCCCGAUCACAAGCCCCCUCCUUGCCCUAACCGCCGUCCUCCCCACCUCCCCACGUCCUCCUCUGUUCCUCUCUCCCCACGCCCUCAGCUCCCUCUCCUCUCCCCUCGGUCCUUCUCUGUCCCUUGUGCAGACGCCCGCACUCCUGCCGACACUUGCCCUUGUACCGAUGCACAUCCCUCUGCUGAUGCAUGCCUUCCUAAAGCUGCAAACGCUACUUCGGUUGUGGAUCUUGGUAUAGUCGCACUCCCUGUGCCUCUUGCCCCACAUGCCUCCAUGGCGUUCCCAAAGAGCUGGUCCUCGCGCAAAGGCCCGCCCACCCCACUUGCCCUCCCUGGCGACGCUGGAGCUGAAGUGGUAGCUUCUCCCUCCACUCCUAUUUCUAGACGACUCAUAAAGCAGACAAGCGCCGCAGCAGAAGGGGUGGCUUCUCCUGCUGCCCCCUCCACUCCAAUCCGCAGUGCUUUGAAACACAAACGCAGCAGCAGCUGUGUCACUGGAAGUCCCAAAGAGAUGGGCAUUUCUAACACCACCACCAGCACCAGAACCACUACCAGCAGCAGCAGCUGCAGCAGUGGCUGCAGAAACGCGAGAGGCAACAGCAGCAGCAGCAGCAGUGGUGGUGGUGGCUGUGUGGUAGCAAGUCCUGGCAAGGGGCAUGGGAGGAGAGUGAGUUUCUGUGGGUUUGUAGAGGUACAGAUGUUUGAGCGUUCUGACCAGCGCCUUCCCCAGAUAGUGCCUGCCCAAGUGGCCAACCCGUUGCAGAAACUGACAGAGCGACACAUGGGUGUGUGAAGCGGGGAGGGCAGACGGACAUAUUGGCAACUGACAGAGCGACACAUGGGGGCGUUAAGUGAAGCCAUGUGCAGUAGUGCGACUGACAGCUAGCCCCUGCAAGGAGCAUGGGAGGAGAGUGCGCUUCUGUGGGUUUGUGAAGUACAGAUGUUUGACUGCGCUGAACAACACCUGUCCCAGAUAGUGCCUGCCCCAGGUGUGGCCAGCCCACUGCAGAAACUGAUGGGGCGCCACAUGGGAUUUUGACAUGGAAGUCUGGGGUCAUCACAAGCAAAGCGGGCAGAUCCAUUGAUUCUUUGGUUGGAGCUGAUCACGAUCCUUUAUUUUUGCGUAGCAGAGUGAAGAGGAGAAUAUGUUGAAGGCGUGACAUAAACUCGGUGGGUAUAAAAAAUCGGUGGAUAUGUUUGUGGGUAUAAAAUUGCUUAUCGCAU